AUGUCCAAACGUUUGUACUCGGACAUUGUAAAAAUUGGUUAUGAAUCGACUGAUUCCAGCGAAGAUGAAAUAGACUCGCUUGCAUCACUUUUUCUGGUAUUCUUUCUACUCAUUUUGACAAAAAACAUUUUACAGUGCAAUUCAAAAGCAAAAUGGAGCUUAAGAAUUGGCGGAUGGAACUGGUUCAAUUGGUAUUACUAUUGGUAUUGGCGUCAUGGAAGAUUGGGUAAAAUCAGUGACAGCGAUACUAUUUGUCAGCGCUUGUGGGGACUGGACAAUAAGAGAGCUGUUCAAGGAUUUCAUUAUGAUAUUCUUUUGCAGUCAAAAAUUAGUAACAACUCCACUCUGGACAAAGCAACUAGACCGCUAUUUAGUUUUGUCAACUUAACUAAGCUGAAGAAGAGACGUACUUACAAAGCUUUUAUUAGACUUCUGGAGGAUUUACAACCAUCAAAUGGAAAGAAAAUUGAUGAAACAGCAAUUUCAGAGAAUAUUGAAGAAUUGUUGUCGGUUGUAGUAAAAACCCACAUUUUUAGACAAUUGUACUGGUACCUUGUGAGAAAUUCGUAUAUUUACCCCAAUAUGGCUCAGUUUAAAGACACUCUUCGCAAUUUGUGGUUUAACCAAGGAAAGUCGACCGACAACAAUUUGACUGCAUUUCAAAAAGUUUUUGUUGGUGAGAACGUUGACUAUCCAAAUGAGCUAUCUGUUCGCAAUUGGAUCCAGUUUUAUUUAAUGGAGAGAAAAGGCUUGAACUAUUUUGGAAACUUAAACUACUACCAGUAUGACCCUAAAAUAAUUUCAGUGAUGUUUACAUGGAAAGAAGGAACGCCACUUGCAGACAACAUGCUAAUUGGGACGUCACCUGAGUACGAACUUGGACUGUACACUUUGUGUUUCUUUACAAAUCCAACUAAUGAUUGCGAGUGUAAGACAAACACAAAGAAAAUCAUUGUGAAGACUAAAGUAUCCAACAAUAGUUUAAGAAUAUUAAACUCUCGCUUUGAAAUAGAAGUUUAAAAUGAUAGCUUGCUCUUUAUGCAUAUAUAUAUAUAAUUAAUGCACUGAGCAUUCGCAAAGUGGUUUUAAAAAUCAGUUUAUGUACGAACAUAUACCAUCAAAGAAUCAAAACGACAAAAUUUAGUCAUCUCAUUAGUAUGAAUUGACUGAAAUAUAUGUUGAUGUGCCAUAUAUUGAUGUGUCAUGUAAGAAUAUUAUGAUGUAAUGAUGUUAUUAUAAAAUUGUGUGACAA